CUCUUAUCUUAGUAUUGGUCCGCCCUGUACGGGACAGCAGCUCCUCUCCCCACAGACGACAUGAAAUGUUGAAGUGGUAAAUAUGAACAAACCCAAAAUGGCCACAGAGAAGGGCGUUCCCAGUAACUCCAGAGUACUGAUGCUCCUGGGCCAACUGGAGAGGAUGAAUGGAGAGGCCAUGAUGAGGGAUGUUGAAACGGCGAGACAGGUCACUGCAAAGAUAUGUCAUCUAAUACAGACCCAGGAGAAGAGUGGAAAAGAGGUGAUGUCCAAAGGCUCCAGUGGCAUGGAGGUCAUUCUGGCGUCACUGGAGAACACCAGAGAUGUCCAGACCACGCUGAACAUUUUGUACAUUCUCAGUGAGCUGCUGACUGUGGGCAGAGGUCGCAGGGUCGGAGUAUUUGUGUCUAAAGGAGGCACAGGAAUAUUAUUCCAGAUUCUGAUCACCGCAAGCAAAGAGUUGCCUCCCAGUGAAGAACUCAUGCUGCAGCUUCACUCGCUGCUCGCCAAGGUUGGCCCAAAAGACAGAAAGUUUGGAGUGAAGGCGCGCUUGAGCGGCGCGCUGAACGCCACAGUCAACUUAACCAAACAGAACCUACAGAAUACCAAAGUGCUUCUGCCCUGUCUCCAGGUUCUCAGGGUUUACUCCACCAACUCGGUGAAUGCUAUUUCUUUGGGCAAGAACGGAGUGGUGGAGCUCAUGUUCAAGAUUGUGGUGCCGUUCAGCAAGAAGAACAUCAGCCUGCUUAAGGUAGCUCUGGAUGCACUCGGAGCGCUGCUUAAAUCCAAGACGAAUGCUCGCCGUGCAGUGGAUGCUGGACACGUGCAUGCCUUGCUGGCUCUUUACCAGGACUGGCAUCACAAUGACACACGGCAUCGCCACAUGCUGAUACGCAAAGGGCUGCUGGUCUGCCUCAGGAACAUCACCAACAUCAAGCUCGGCAGGAAAGCGUUCAUCGAUGCCGACGGCAUGAGGAUCCUCUACUACUCAUCCACUGAGUGUCUCCCGGUGCGGACUCUGGAUCCACUCGUCAACACUUCGAGUCUCAUCAUGAGGAAGUGUUUUCCUAAGAACCGUCUGCCUCUGCCCACCAUCAAAUCAGCCUUUCUUUACCAGCUGCCACAUGUGCCCGUUGUAGGGCCCGUGGCGCAGCUGUACAGCCAGCCACUUGGGGUGGAUGAUGUCGUGGAUGAAAGCGACGAUAACGAGGAGACGGACGCAGACACAGAGAACGAUACUGACAACGAAGAGGACAAGAAGGAUCCACACACUGAGAACGAGGACAUCGAGACGGAUCUAAACAAGCUACAUCCCAAAAAGAACCCCGGACGUCCAUUCGAGGAGUUGAAGGUCUACGAGAGGUUCUUCUUGGAGCUUUCUGAAGACUUCCAGGGUUAUAACUUUGAACCAUCAAAGAGUGCCUCUACCACAUCGUCAUCUUUCUCCUCGACUCGAGCCACUCGGCCAAUCAUCGUGCCCACAGCUCAGGCCCUGUCCCCGAAGCACGUCCCUGUAACGAGCUUUCAGGGGGAUUGCAACCCUAGCAAAGGAGAACGCCGCCCGCCUUCCCCCUCUGUGCCCACUCCUGCACCUCCUGCCUCUCUGACGCCUCUAGAACUGGACACCAUCCACCUCACCAAGGACCAGGACAGAAAAGAGGAGGCCCACAUUCCGUCCCCCGACACGCUGACAACAUUGUCGUCCCUCAUCAGGCCUCCUUCUCAAGCGCAGACGAUAGAGCAGGCUCUAGCACAUGUGUUGGAGUGUGUCUCCCUCGAAGCGACGGGGGCUCUGAACACAGGAGAAGACGGAGGACAGGGAGUCAAACCAAACGGAUCCCCAGUCAAUGGCACGAGGCACAUCCAGUCCCCACUGCUCCUGGAGGACAUCGCUAAUCGCCGUGUGGGAGGAGGAGGCAGUAACUGGGGUUCAGAUUGCGGCUCAGAGGGGACCGAGGAUGAGGGAGGGGAAGGAGCAGUCCUGGAGGUGCCAGACACGGCGCUGCUCCUCCCGCUUCAUGACCCCGACCUUUACGUGGAGAUGGUGAAGGGAACGCACUCCGUACCCCAGUACGCUGAAGUAGCUUACCCAGACUACUUUGGCCACAUAGCCCCAACAUUUAGGGAGCCUCUUCAGGAGAGAGUAUAUGGUGUUCAGAGGUCUAAAAUAUUCCAGGACAUUGAGAGGUUAAUUCAUCCCAAUGAUAUCGUGGAUAAAGUAGUCUAUGACUUGGACAUUCCCAGUUGUCCGGUGAUUGAAGACAAUGGCGAAUCGCUGAAGUUCAACUCUCAGUUUGAGUCUGGAAACCUCAGGAAGGCAGUUCAAAUGAGGAAAUAUGAGUAUGACCUUGUGCUGAAUUCAGACAUCAAUAGUAAUCACUACCACCAGUGGUUCUACUUUGAGGUGAGCGGCAUGCGCGUUGGAACCACCUACCGCUUCAACAUCAUCAACUCCGAGAAGUCAAACAGCCAGUUCAACUACGGCAUGCAGGUGCUCAUGUACUCUGUGCAGGAGGCGAUCAGUGGCCGGCCUCGCUGGGUCAGAACAGGAACAGACAUCUGUUACUACAAGAAUCACUUUGCUAGGAGCUCGAUUGCAGCGGGUGGUCAGAAAGGGAAGUCCUAUUAUACGAUGACCUUCAGCACCAGCUUCAGCCAUAAGGAUGAUGUCUGCUACUUUGCCUAUCAUUACCCGUAUACGUACUCCACUCUUAAGAUGCACCUGUCCAAACUGGAGGCUUUGAGGACCCCCCAGAUCUACCUGAGACGGGACGUCCUCUGUGAAACUCUGGGGGGAAACAGCUGCCCCCUUCUGACCCUCACUGCCAUGCCAGAGUCCAACUCUAAUGAUCACAUCUGUCAGUUCAGGAACCGUCCAUUGAUCUUCCUGUCGGCCAGAGUGCACCCUGGGGAGACCAACGCCAGCUGGGUAAUGAAGGGCACGCUGGAGUUCCUGAUGGGCACCAGCCUACUGGCAGCCAGCCUGAGGGAGGCCUACAUCUUCAAGAUAGUCCCCAUGCUUAACCCCGAUGGAGUUGUGAACGGAAAUCAUCGUUGUUCUCUGAGUGGAGAGGAUUUGAAUCGCCAGUGGCAGAACCCCAAUCCUGAGCUGCACCCCACCAUCUACCACACUAAGAGCCUGCUGCAGUACCUGGCACACAUACAAAGGGCACCUCUGGUGUUCUGCGACUACCACGGUCAUUCCAGGAAGAAGAAUGUGUUCAUGUACGGCUGCAGCGUGAAGGAGACAGUCUGGCAAUCCAACAUCACCGCGACAUCCAGUGACUUGCAGGAGGACCUUGGAUACAGAGCGCUUCCUAAGAUCCUGUCCCAGAUCGCCCCGGCCUUCAGCAUGGUCAGCUGUAGUUUUGUUGUGGAGCGCUCCAAAGAGUCGACGGCCCGUGUUGUUGUCUGGAGAGAGAUCGGAGUGCAGCGCAGCUACACCAUGGAGAGCACGCUGUGUGGUUGUGACCAGGGAAAAUAUAAGGGUCUUCAGAUCGGCACCAGAGAGCUGGAGGAGAUGGGAGCUCAGUUCUGUGUGGCCCUGCUGAGGCUGAAGAGGCUGACCGGGAUCCGCAAUCACCAACACCUGCUGGAUUUAGAGAGCGACAUCAUCGGGACACAGUCUAAAGUGGUCAGCAGCAGCCCCAGCACCUACGUGAUGGAGGAGGAUGAGCCGUCCUUUCUGGAGGCGAUAGACUACAGCGCGGAGAGCAAUGAUGAGGACGGCGAGCCUGAAAUCGAGCAAGGCAUCGAAGUCCAAGAGAACGCCAAUCACCUCGAUCGGCUGUCGGACUGCGAGACGAAUCACAAGGACUAGCGCUGCGGCGUCGUUCCCCUCGGUACCUCGGCAAUCUGAGCUUCCAACCGGCCGGUGCUCCGAUCGUCAGCUGAUCUAAAAUGAGAUAUUCACAGGGGAAAUGUUCAGAACACCCUCAUCGCUGAAUAAAUAGCUUAGAUUUACACUUCAUAUCGAGACACUUUACGAUGCUACGUAGCUACAUUAAGAUGCUCCUUUCCCAGACGGAUUGAUCUGUUGAGCCCACUGUGUUGCUCAAUGAAUGUUCUCACCUUUCACCGCCAUCCUAUAACCUUGAUGGCCUGUGACCCCUGACCUCAGACACCAUAUAGCCUCUGAGAUUCCCUUCUAGCUGGGCUGAGCAGUAAACAGCAGGCACCGCCCAUCCAUAACUGGAACCCUUGUCCGCUUGCACAUUUCUCACAGCCAAUCUCACACUGGAGUUACCUGUGGAACUGUAAUAGAGCCAGUGGCUUCCGACAGGUACUGUUUUUAAAACUCUUCUCACACGUCACCCUGUGUUUAGUUAAAAACUCCUGGAUCUCCCUCACUGACCAGCUUAAAGAUCCAAUCGACAGGCCUUCCUUAUUUCCUCUCCUGGACUUUAAUUUUGUAUUCUUGUUAGUGGCACUUCCUUGUGUCCUUCAUUGCCUUGCCUCCUUCCUUCCAUUUCUUUCUGACUCGGUAGUCUAGACGGGAUGCAGGGAUGACCAAACGGCUGUUAUCAGAGCUGCGGGUCGACCUCGUCCGUCAUCCCGACAAACCUACUCCACCUGAGCUGUGACCUCACUUCCCCCAUUCACCCGUCCCUCUUCGGCCACAGUGCUCGCGGUCGGAUAAUCGAUGUGCUGUUUGCCUUGCUUUAUCCAGAACUGAAACUAUUUAUAUUACUCAAAUGUAAAAUGUUCACGUCUUUAUCAAGACAAACCGUGUUCUAUAAAAGAGAACCAACUCACAGGCCUGGUUUGAGAUCCUAGGCUCACGUAAAGCAUUAAAAACAUGAAAAUGGAAUGUAAAAUAUCCACAUGCACUGUUGCUGUCUUCAUUGUUUUUAAUAGUCUACGGUAUUAAACUGAAAAGAGCAGAAACAAACAAGACGCAUGAGCUGCAGGGAGCAGAAAAGCCUUUUGCACUUUGGAGGAACACGACAAAUGCAACACGAAGAGAACAAGUGAAUCACCUUGCGCCACGUCGCCGUUUGCAAACCUCGGCUUCAGUCGUCACUUUGAAGUUCACAGAGUCCAGUCCGGAGCUCGUGGUGACAUUGCUGUGAUGUUUUUAAGAUUAUACUGGAAUUUAGUUUCCUUUUCAUCCGUUCCUGAGAUCUAUGUGUACAUUUGGUGGAUUGGCUGAGGAGAGAGCCAUGCGUUAACACAGACGGAGCUUUGUAUUGAGAGCUUAACGUGUGUUUGACUUUCCGUCCUUGAGGUUCUUCUCUGUUGCAUUUGUACAGCGCAUGGCUAUUUUAUGUGGUUUUUAUUCUGUAAUUUAUUACGUAUUGUUAUCUGGGAUGCAAACCUGUAUGUAUGUAUAUGAGGCUUUUUAAGUGUAUGAGUGCAAAGUGUGUGCGCAGGAGUUAAGUUAUUCCAUUAUUCAUGUUACAGUGUGUUUCUUCUUUCACUUUGAUAAUCUUUUCAUGUUCUCUUCCCUUCCCUUCAAUCCCUAGUUUUCUAUCCUUCUCUUGGCUCUACUUACUUUCAGAUUUCACUCGCCAACAGCAUACAGGGAGGUAACUGUUCCUGGUGUCUAUGGGAUAUAAAUAAUGUGAAUGAGUGAACGUCCCUCUGAGAAUUGUGUAUGCUGUCAUAUUUAUGUUUGUCCUUUGCAGUUUAUGUCGGCUUCUUUUCUUUUAUGUUUGUAUCGAGGAAAACAAGCGGAGUAGCGAUUCGUUUGAAGUUGACGCAACGCAGAAAAUGAAGAUACGGGAAAUAAAAUGUGAAUGUCCUAAA